AUGUAUCAAAACGAAGACGAAGCAUUUGAAGACAACGCAAUACCUGUUUUCAAGAAAAAGCGACCAGUACACUGUGCCUCUGUGCCAGAUUUGGAUGCUGAAAUUGAUCGGCGUAUCGUUGUGUCAAGAAAAUUGCACCAGCAUCCCUUCCCCACUGCGCAAAAGGUGUUCACGAAGCUGAAUAGAGGACAGUUUUGCACGCAAAUCGACUUUGCAGAAGCAUAUCUGCAGGUGGAAGUUGAAGAGGAAUCGAAGAAAAUGCUGACGAUUAAUAUGCACAGAGGACCGUAUGGCUACAAUCGUCUACCCAUCGGCGUGAAUCAGCAUACUCCAGCAGAUUAUAGAUUCAAUAAUUUGUGGACUGGAAGGCGUUGCUGCCUGUCUGGUUGA